UCCGCGACACAUGCAUGUAAUAGAUAUCAUUGGAGAUGCCUUUGAUUAGCGCCGAUACCACAGCUGCGCGUAUCCAUGGCGUGAGUUACGGGGUCAAGCGCCGAAACCUGGCCGCUGACAGCGACAUUUUAUGGCAUAUAAACGGUCCGAAAGUCCGCAGUACCACAGUAGGAGAUUUUAUACGAGAUCGAGAACUAAACCUCAGAGUUUCAGUCGCCGCCGUCGGAGUGAGUCGAUUUCAUCGGUGUUUUCAACACAGUGUUGGAAGAAUGAAUCAGUACGUUCCUCUGAGUAUAUCGUGCAAGACACAGUGUAACGUGUAAGUACCAAUAAGCUAUCAUAUAUUGCAUACAUUUUUCCACAUUUAAUUGUAUUUUUUUCACACUGUUUUAGCAAUCGUCGUUACACGCCGUAUGUUCCUCAAAGUAGUUAUACGCCAUCCAUUCCUCAAAGUUAUACACCAUCCGUUUCUCGAGAUAAAACUGUUUCGUGCAAGAAACAACAUGAUGCUUCCGAUAAACCUUGCUACACGCCUCGUAUCAUGAGCAGGAGAUUCGCUCUGACAUCCACUGCAUACAAAUACUUGGAUGGUGGAAUCUGCGUGGUAUCUGGUGCAUCCUAUGUGGACAUCAUUCUCGGCGACAAUCGCGGAAAUCGGAUGGUGUUAGAUUAUUCAAUGUGGACGGAAUUGAACAAGAAACGCGCAGAAAUUGAGCAGCUCUUGAAAACAGCAGAUGCGUCAUCGCCAUCAUCAUCGAUGCAUAUUAACGAUUUAGUCUUAGAACUCGUCACAAUGUACGGCGGAAAAAUUGUAAAGCUAACAUUUAAAAAUACUUGCAUGUAUAUGAAAGUACCAACCGUAUUAUUUUUAUUCCAACUCGAACAUUGUGUCGAGCACGUAUAUCGCAAACUGUGUGACAUGUUAAGCGAAAUAGAUCAAAGCUUCGAUCAACUUGUGAGCUGCUUACGUGGCAAUUUGAUCGGUGUCGAAAAAGACGAUGCAGUUAGAAUGCUGCACAACUGGUAUGACAAAUCUUCGACCAUAGAUUGUGAACUAAUAGCAUAUGUAGAUGAAAUUAUUGCUGAGGCUUUUAAACGAGAUGAGGACGAUAAAUUUAUAAUUGAAAAUAACUUUUAAACGAGAUGAGAACGAUAAAUUUAUAAUUGAAAAUAA